AUGUCUGCCACUACCUUGAAGGACUGUUCCAAAGCGUUUGCGUACUUGAAAGAGUAUGCUGAAAAAGACGGGUUGUCUGCGGACCAACUUAUGGACUCGAAAACCAGAGGUGGAUUGACCUACAACGAUUUUUUGAUCUUGCCUGGCAAAAUCGAUUUCCCAUCGUCAGUGGUGAAUUUGCAGACGAAAAUCACCAAAAACAUAACGCUUAACACGCCUUUUGUUUCGUCCCCAAUGGACACUGUCACUGAGUCCGAAAUGGCUAUCCAAAUGGCUUUGCUAGGUGGUAUUGGUAUUAUUCACCACAACUGUUCUGGAGAACAGCAAGCUGAAAUGGUGAGAAAGGUGAAAAAAUUCGAAAACGGAUUUAUCAACUCCCCUAUUGUGGUGAGCCCACAAACCACGGUUGGUGAGGUCAAAGCCAUGCGUGGGAAAUUUGGAUUCUGCGGUUUCCCAGUCACUGAAUCCGGCUCUCUUCCAAGCAAAUUGGUCGGCAUUGUCACUUCUCGUGACGUCCAGUUCAUCGAAGACAACUCUUUGAGCAUCUCCUCUGUGAUGACCAAGGAAUUGGUCACCGCUAAGGUGGGUGUGACUUUGGUCGAAGGUAACAACAUUUUGAAAUCCACCAAGAAGGGCAAGCUCCCAAUCGUGGACGAAAACUACAAUUUGGUUUCGAUGUUGUCGAGAACCGACUUGAUGAAAAACCAAAGUUAUCCAUUGGCCUCCAAGUCCGCCAGCACCAAGCAAUUGCUCUGUGGUGCAGCCAUCGGAACCCUCGAAGCCGACAGAAAAAGACUAGAACAGUUGGUAAAGGCUGGUCUAGACGUUGUUGUAAUUGACUCUUCCCAAGGUAACUCUGUUUUCCAGUUGGAUAUGAUCAAAUGGAUCAAAGAAACUUACCCAGAGUUGGAAGUCAUCGCUGGUAACGUGGUCACUAGAGAACAGGCUGCCUCUCUAAUUCAAGCCGGUGCCGAUGGUUUGAGAAUCGGUAUGGGCUCUGGUUCUAUUUGCAUUACUCAAGAAGUCAUGGCCUGUGGAAGACCUCAAGGUUCUGCUGUCUACAAUGUCACCCAGUUUGCAAACCAAUUCGGUGUUCCAUGUAUGGCCGAUGGUGGUAUUGCCAACAUUGGUCACAUUGUCAAGGCUUUGGCAUUGGGUGCCUCUUGUGUCAUGAUGGGAGGUAUGCUCGCUGGUACCACUGAGUCUCCAGGUGAAUACUUUUUCCAGGACGGUAAGCGUUUGAAAACCUACCGUGGUAUGGGUUCCGUUGAUGCUAUGCAGAAGACUGACACUAAAGGGAAUGCUUCCGCCUCGCGUUACUUCUCCGAGUCCGACAAGGUUUUCGUGGCUCAAGGUGUUUCGGGUGCCGUUAUCGACAAGGGCUCUAUCAACAAGUUUGUUCCAUACUUGUACGGUGGUUUGCAGCACUCGUGCCAAGAUAUUGGUGUGCGUUCUUUGGCCUCAUUAAGAGAGCAAGUCGACAACUCCGAAAUCAGAUUCGAGUUCAGAACCGCAUCUGCCCAAUUGGAGGGUGGUAUCAACAACUUGCACUCCUACGAGAAACGUCUGCACAACUAA